AAAACUAGAUAUUGACGAGUGAAAACGCCUGAUAAGGGCACAUUUCUUUCGCUGUGUUGGCCACACUGGUGUGAAUUAGAAAAUUCAAGACAGUUUGUUAUUUUUCGGUAGAAAGAAGUGUUUGUUGGGUGGUGGGAAUUUAUAUGAUAUAUGCUUGCAAUAACAAAAUGACUCUUGGUGAAGUACAUAAUGGGAAUGUGUCGUCCCUGACAAAGAAUCGAGAUAUGAACGUAACGCAAACCAUUGAUACACAACAACAGAACAAUCAGGAGCAAACAGAUAAAAUGGCUUUAGCCUCAGUAAACGAAAAGAACAAUGUUAUAAAUAAACAUGCAGCAGCAGCAGCUGUAACAUCAUCUUCAAAACAGAAUGAAGCUACUAUUUCAUUUCUUCGGGCAGCACGCAGUGGUGACUUGGGAAAAGUAUUGGAGUUUUUGGAAUCUGGACAGAUUACAGAUAUCAACGCAUGCAAUGCAAAUGGCUUAAAUGCGCUCCAUUUGGCAGCUAAAGAUGGUUAUAUCGAUAUCGUGAGUGAACUGCUACGACGUGGCAUUAAAGUAGAUAAUGCCACAAAAAAGGGUAAUACAGCACUACAUAUUGCUUCAUUGGCCGGCCAAAAAGAAGUACUUAAAUUACUCAUCCAGUAUAAUGCAAAUGUGAACGUUCAAUCAUUAAAUGGUUUUACACCACUUUACAUGGCAGCCCAGGAGAACCACGAUGCGUGCGUUCGUUUCCUAUUAUCGAAAGGAGCAAAUCCAUCACUCGCCACCGAGGAUGGAUUUACACCAUUGGCUGUUGCCAUGCAACAGGGUCACGAUAAAGUUGUUGCUGUUCUUUUAGAGUGCGAUGUGCGUGGCAAGGUGCGUUUGCCAGCCUUACACAUUGCAGCUAAGAAGAAUGAUAUGAAUGCCGCUACUUUGUUGUUGCAGAGUGAGACCAAUCCGGAUAUUGUGUCUAAAUCGGGAUUUACACCAUUACAUAUCGCCGCACAUUAUGGCAAUGUGCAUAUUGCUAAUCUGUUAAUCGAGCAUGGUGCCGAUGUGAAUUUUACUGCAAAACAUAAUAUAACACCUCUACACGUCGCCUGCAAGUGGGGUAAAACUAAUAUUCUCGAAUUAUUGCUGUCAAAGAAUGCAAACAUCAAUGCCACCACGCGUGAUGGUCUCACACCACUGCAUUGUGCGGCUCGUUCCGGUCAUGUCGAGGUCAUUGAGAUAUUACUUGCGAAUAAUUCGCCCAUACUGUCGAAAACAAAAAAUGGGCUUGCGCCACUACACAUGGCAGCCCAGGGCGAACAUGAUGAAGCAGCACAGCUAUUAUUGGCUCACAAAGCGCCUGUUGAUGAAGUAACCGUUGACUACUUAACGGCACUGCAUGUUGCAGCGCACUGUGGCCAUGUGCGCGUUGCCAAGUUGUUGCUGAACUACAACGCUGAUGCCAAUGCGCGCGCUCUCAAUGGUUUUACGCCGUUACAUAUCGCUUGUAAGAAGAAUCGCAUCAACGUUGUUGAACUAUUGUUGAAACAUGGCGCCGCCAUUAGUGCCACAACGGAAUCGGGUCUGACGCCACUGCACGUCGCUAGUUUUAUGGGCUGCAUGAAUAUUGUCAUAUAUUUAUUGCAACACGAUGCUAUACCGGAUGCGCCAACAGUGCGCGGAGAAACGCCACUACAUUUGGCCGCAAGAGCAAAUCAAACAGAUAUUAUACGUAUUCUUCUGCGUAAUGGUGCACAAGUUGAGGCGCGUGCGCGCGAAGGUCAAACACCACUUCAUGUGGCCUCGCGUUUGGGUAAUAUUGACAUAAUUAUGCUGAUGCUGCAGCAUGGUGCAAACGUUGAUGCUGUAACCAAGGACAAGUACACACCAUUGCAUAUUGCUGCUAAAGAGGGACAAGAAGAGGUUGUUCAAGUACUCUUCGAAAAUAAUGCGGAAUUGGAUGCAGUCACUAAGAAAGGCUUUACACCACUCCAUUUGGCAGCUAAAUAUGGUAAGGACAAAGUGGUUGCCUUACUUUUGCAACGUGGUGCUAAAAUCGACUGCCAAGGCAAGAACGAUGUUACGCCACUACAUGUCGCGGCACAUUUCGAGCACUCGAAAGUUGUGUUUCUUCUACUUGAACGAGGCGCUUCUCCUUUGCUCUGCGCUAAAAAUGGGCAUAGUGCUCUGCAUAUUGCAGCUAAGAAAAAUGAAAUGGAAAUCGCACAGCAACUGCUGCAGCAUGGUGCAGAUCCCGAUGUACGCAGCAAAUCCGGCAUUUCGCCGUUACAUUUAGCGGCACAGGAAGGACAUGUUGAUAUGGUACAUUUGUUGCUGGAGCAUGGCGUUAGCGCAAACGUGCAAGCCAAAAAUGGUUUGACACCCUUGCAUUUGUGUGCUCAAGAGGAUAAAUCUGACAUAGCACAAAUACUCAUUGAUCAUCAGGCUAAUAUAUCCGAGCGUACCAAAGCUGGCUACACUCCUUUACAUAUAGCUGCACACUACGGCCAAAUAAAGAUGGUGAAAUUUUUACUAGAAAAUGAUGCUAAUAUCGAGAUGAGCACCAAUGUUGGCUAUACACCAUUGCAUCAAGCAGCACAACAGGGCCAUACAAUGGUCAUCAAUUUACUAUUGCGACAUAAGGCUAAUCCAAAUGCCGUUACCGAUAACGGUCAAACUGCGUUAAGUAUUGCAAAUAAUUUGGGCUAUAUUACUGCUGUUGAGACCUUAAAAAUAGUUACCGAAAAAUCUGUAACGAAUACUAUUACUGGCUCACUUGAAGAGAAAUAUAAAGUGGUUGCACCAGAAUUGAUGCAUGAAACAUUUAUGUCCGAUUCCGACGACGAAGGUGGCGACGAAAAUAUUGAUCAUCAGCAAUAUAAAUACAUGGCCACCGAUGACUUAAAAGCGUCCGAUCAGGAUAAUCAAAACUAUGACACAACCAAUAAUGACGACCACAACGAGCAGCAGCAACAAAAACAUAUUCAACAGGUGCACGCAGCAGGGCGUAGCAUUAUACAAAGCGAUAGAGUUAAAGAUGAUUCAGCAUCAGCGAAUCAAUUUUCCCUCAAGCAGAACGACAAUGUUGCGAUUACUCGACCUCCCGUGCAUUUGGGUUUCCUUGUGUCGUUUCUUGUGGACGCACGUGGUGGUUCAAUGCGCGGUUGCCGCCAUAGUGGUGUUCGCGUCAUUGUGCCCCCAAAGGCAUGUACGCAGCCAACUCGUAUCACCUGUCGUUAUGUGAAGCCACAAAGGGUACAUAACCCACCGCCUUUAAUGGAAGGCGAAGCCUUAGUCAGCCGUAUAAUGGAAUUAUCGCCUGUCGAGGGCAAAUUUCUUGGGCCUGUGGUGCUCGAGGUACCACAUUUUGGCUCAUUGAGAGAUAAGGAACGCGAAAUUAUAAUUUUGCGUUCAGAUCACGGCGAUAGUUGGCGCGAACAUACAUUGUUCGACAGUGAUGAGGUAAUCCUAGAUAUUCUACAGGAAACAAUUAAUAGUGAACUGAAUCCAAUGGAGGAUUUGCACACUAGUCGUAUUGUACGCAUUGUAACACGCAGUUUUCCACAUUUCUUUGCGGUAGUAUCGCGUAUUCGGCAAGAAGUGCAUGCUAUUGGCCCUGACGGUGGCACCGUCUCUUCUCAAGCGGUGCCGCAAGUACAGGCAAUUUUUCCGCCUAAUGCUCUAACAAAGAAGAUUCGUGUCGGUCUUCAGGCACAGCCAGUUGAUCUGAACGGUUGCUGCAAGCUUCUCGGCCAAGGAGUGGCUGUGUCGCCAGUAGUUACCGUAGAACCACGCCGACGUAAAUUUCACAAAGCUAUCACGCUCAGUAUACCAGCACCGAAGGCGUCUACACAAGGCAUGGUAAAUUCACCUUAUACAGGCAAUGCACCAACCUUGCGGCUUUUGUGUUCAAUAACGGGCGGGCAAAAUCACGCGGUCUGGGAAGAUGUAACUGGAUCAACUCCUUUCGCUUUCGUAAAGGAUAGUGUCACAUUUACUACAACAGUAUCGGCACGUUUCUGGCUAAUGGAUUGCCGUAAUAUCUCGGACGCUAGCCGUAUGGCCACCGAACUAUAUUCAUAUAUGACUCAAGUCCCAUUCAUGGUUAAAUUUGUGGUUUUCGCAAAAAGAAUCUCACCAACAGAGGCAAAGCUUUCCGUGUUUUGUAUGACAGAUGACAAAGAAGAUAAAACGCUGGAACAGCAAGAAUAUUUUACUGAAAUAGCGAAGAGCCGAGAUGUCGAGGUGCUUGGCGAUCAAGAUAUUUAUUUGGAAUUUGCUGGCAAUUUGGUACCUGUAUUGAAAUCAGGGGAACAGUUUAAUUUGAAGUUCCAGGCUUUCCGUGAGAAUCGCCUCUCCUUCACUGUACACGUCAAAGAUCAAGAGGAGCCUUAUGGGCGUAUAAGCUUUAUGAACAAGCCGAAAGUUGACACGAGUGAACCACCACAGCAACCAAUUUGUGUAUUGAACAUAUCGCUAGAAGGUUCUGAUAUUGUUAAAAGUGUCAAUCGUUUUGGUGGCAGCCAGAAAUGUUUGAAUAAUAUAACUAUUGAUCGUGGUCUCAAUUAUAAGGAUUUGUUAAAUGCUGGCUUCAAGUUAACAGCGUUGAAGUCUACAAAUGAUUUAGACGAAUCUAUAGACGCUAGAGAAGAUGGUCUAAACCAAUUGAAUGUACUGCAGUUACAAACGGAAAGAAACGACACAAUACACCGUGCCGAUAUACGGUUAUCGGAUAUAUGUAAUUUUAUAGAUGGCGACUGGAUGCGCUUGGCCAAAGAAUUGGGUGUACCCGAGACCGAUUACGAGGUUAUUAAUGCGGAAUACACGGAGAGUUCAUCUCAAAAGGCAAUGGUUAUGCUGCGACUUUGGGUGCGGCAACAAGGUCCUAAAGCCACUGGCAACAUCUUAGAACAUGCUUUGCACAAUAUUAAUCGAAGCGACAUUGUAGACAAAUGUAUGUUUAAUGUGGAACUUGUGACGGAUGACAUUGAAAGUGACAUGGCUAAAACUGAACUCGAUCGAUUGGUUGGUAGUGGAUUAAAAACGCAUUUAAGUGAAAACAACGAAAGAAAUGACGACUUACAAACACCACAAACUAUGAACACCGUUUUUAGUUUGAAUGAAUAUAUGCCAAAAGAAGAUAUAAUCAAGGAAACUGAAAUUCAAGUAAACAUUGAUGGGAAUAAUGUAAUAUUACCAGCUAAAAUAGAAGGCAAUUCAGAAGAACUAAAAGGUAUUGCUGAAAAUGGGGUAUCAACAAAAACGCCGCCACCAACACCCAAUAAUAUUUCACAAUUCAUUGAAACGAACUAUGAUAUAGAUAAUAUAAGACGAAUCGCAGAGGAGCACAUACAACAAAUUUUAGAUGAAGCUCAGAAGAACAUCGAAGGCGAUGGUUAUCCUCAAGCUAUUAUUCAGCACAACAAUGUUACAACCAAUGUACAAGAAAUAAAGAAUGUUGGGGAUGGUUGGAAAACUGACGCAACACAAACACAGGUUAUUAGUGCAAACACUGAUAACGCGUUACCUACAUUCAAAAUGCAUCAACAGGAACACAUUGUACAGCCAGAAGAUGCUAUCAUUCAACACAUUAUUGAUCGUACAACCGACAUUAAUGUAAUACCGCAUGUCUAUGAAGGCAUUAACUCAACAACACACUACCGCAGUGACGGGCAUGAAAAAAAACCGCAUUUGUUAGAUAAUGAGCAUCCAGAAGAUGCACUGCUUCAAGAAGUUAUGAAUAAACUGUCAGUUGGAGGUGACGCGACGUUAGAAAGGGUGUCUUCAAGUAUAACUGCAACUGUCAACGAUGGUAAUGGCACAGCAUUAAACUCUACAGUUGGCGCAAUCAUCAGUGAAAAUUUAAGUAAUCAAUUUGUACAACAAGAAACUGCAUUACCACAACCAGAUGCAUUACGUGUAGAUAACUUGGGCACGAUUUCUGCCACUGACGACGAUAGCCAACAACAACAUAGCCCAAUACAAGUAUCUUUCGGAUUUCCGGAGAGUCCUUAAAAAUUUAAGCAUCAAAGCAACAUAAGUACAGAUUUUAAAGUAUGAAUAUAGCGCACAACUACCGUAACAGUUGGAACCACGUAACCUGUUGCUUGGGAAUUUACGUUUUGCUCGUGCACUAUUUUUAUUCAAGAAAUUUGAUUACUUUCUUUAUUGUAGUUUAAGGUACUACGCUACCAGAACAAUAGAAUGACUCGAAAGUCGCUAAUUUAUAUUUCAUUAGAUGAUGAUAUCUACGAGUUGCUAAAUUUUUUUCUGCCAAGUAAGAUUUAAAAAAGCCGGAAAGGAACUGGUAAACAAGUUUUUUUAAAACGAUAUCUGCUUAACAAAUUGAUUUGGACAGUACUGUUAACAUAUGGUCAUUUAUUAAGUUCGGCAAGAAAAUUAUUAUCAAUAUGCUAUGUAGGUUUCAACGAUCCGAAGAAUUAAAUUUAAAACAUUAAAUUAAGCAAGGGACAGUGGCAAAUUUAACUAUGCUUUAAGCCUAUAACGAGUUCUCGAAAUACAGUUGUCCAUAAAAUAAUACUAUAUCCCAGAAGAAAAAUGCUUUUACCCCCGUAACGUUUUUGAAACCCCAGUUGAAGUUUUUUUGUAGCAAUUUUUAUUUAGAUCUGCUAGUCCCACCAUCAUAAAAAUUACUUUAGAAAACUAUAUUUGGUUUUCAAAAUGUAUCUUAUAUUAGGUAUAUAUUCACAAAAUAAUUGAAUUAAGUAAAUUAUAAUUUUUACCAUUUAUUUCUAUUUAAAGGCUGGUUCUCUACCUAGUACAGUAAAGGAAAGCUUGCAUUGCUUUUUUUUUUUAAUUUUUCUCUCGUACUAGUUAGAAAACACCUAUUUUUAUGUGUAGCUAUUUAUUUUAAAAAUAAAUACAUAUUCGUGAAAUGUGAAUUAUGUUCUUUAAAUAUUUGAGUCACUACUCCUGGUAUUUGGUGGACAACUGUAUCUACUAUACGCUUUGUUUACGCGUACGUUUGUACCAGGACAUAGAAAGACUAAACUGUCUAUAAAAUAUAUACAUUCUUAUAUAAUACAUAUAUAUUCGAAACAGAUUUCGCUUUCUUCAUAGUGCAACUCCUGUUGAUAUCUGAUAUAUUACAUCAUUAUAUGAAGUUGAAUUUACACACAAAAAAAUAUACAAACGAAACAUAUAAAAUGUCUAAUACAAGGUUGCUUAAAAUUAAAUAUAUCAUGUGUUUUCUAUAAGAACAAAAUGCUUAUUCACCUUUAUAUUAGGCCCAAUGAAGAAGCAGAAAUAACAAUAACUAUGCAUGCUAAAAGUUGAUACUUGUAUUCUAACAUAUGAAAUAAAUAAAGUAUUUUAACAUAACAA